AUGGAAUUCUCACUCAAAUAUCAUUUCGGUAGAGUUGGACUUCAGAAUGUUAUGUUUGCAUCAAAUCUUGGAUUUAAUCUUGACAUCCCAAAGGUGGCAGCUUUUCGAAAAAGUUCUAUUCCACAUGGAGUUAGUGCAUCCCAACCCAUUGGCAUUGUUGGAUCUGGAAAAAAUAUCAGAAUAGAAGAAGAUUUUAUGAAUCUCACACCUAGGUGUACUGUGAAGUCGCUUGAUGAUAACAACCGGGCUGUAACUUUUGUUGUACUGGCGAAGAUAGCUGAAAUAGUUGAAGAUGGUCCUUGGUGGUACUCUGCUUGCAUUGUGUGUGUGGCAGAGGUGUUCAGGCAGAAUUCGAGAUUUACUUUUGUCAAUUUUGUAACAUCCAUGUUACAAAUGUUUAGAGUGAAGAUGUUGGCUGAGGAUUCCACUGGUGUUUCUAUUUUUGUCCUCUUUGAUCGUGAGGCAAGUUACCUACUGAAUAAGACUUGUGCCCAGCUGUUUGAACAUCUUAAGGAUGUUGAUUCUUCUUCUAUAUUUCAAGAAAUUGUUGAAAAAACUAUGCUAUUCAAGGUUCUUAGUAGGCUUAUUGGGAUGGAGAAAUUCAAAGAGACUUAUCCAGUGAGGUGUGUUUGUGAUGAUGCUGCAAUACUUGAAAUGUUUGAGCUCUCUGGUUCAGAUUUGAGUCCUAAAAAGAUGUGCUUUGUAUUAUCCAAGGCUGGGUUUGUACCAAAAGGAGAGGGAUCAUUUGGGGAACCUUCUAAGGUUAUCAAAUCACCGAAUUUGGGAUUGACUCCUUCCAGCUGCUCUGAGCUCUUUGCUGGUUCGCCUCAAUGUACCCAAAAGGAAUCAAGUGUUGUUGACUUGGGAGCUGAUGAAGAUGCUAAGUGUUCUCUCUUCAAGAGAAAGUCUGCUGAUGUUGUGGUGGAUAAGUUAAAUGAAGUGGAUAAUUCUGAAAAUUCAUGUGAUGAAGUUGAUGAAAGUGAAGAGGAGUAUGUGGUUGGCCUUAAUCGAGGCUCUCUUGAUGCUGAGAAAGAUGUGAAGCUUUCGUUGAAGACGUUGAGAAGAUCCUUGAGGCUGCAACUUGAUGAAGCUGAUGAGUCUCAUGUCUCGGGAAAUGAUGGCUCCUCUGGACAUGGGGUUAAUUGA